CUUAAAAUAAUGUUUGUUUUGUUGAUAAGGCACAGGUUGGGCCGGGUCAGACCAUUGGGUUAGUUCUUUUGGUAGUUGCGGGUGCACAGUCACCCCAUUCCGUUAGUUCUUUCAGCACAAUCGAACCAUACAGACAGAUAUUAUUGAUCGGCGUUUGGUGCUAUUUUUUUUAGUUCAGUUAUGUACGCCAUUUUAGUAGAGAAGUUUUCAAAAUUAAAAAAAAAUGUCAAAUGGCUCUUUAAUCUUUACGAGUUGAAUACACAGAUUGCUAUUUGUGAGCCAUGGGAGAAAGUCUUUUGCCAUACUCUUUUUGCCAGCUGCCUUUCCCUGCUUCUCUAUGCCACAUUUGCAGUUCUUCCCGGUUACUGUCUUGUGCUGAUGACGCUCUUGUGGCCUACCUCAUCCAAUAUUAUUAUAGAUAAUAAUCAAUCAAAUAUCAAUACCAAUACAUGUAGUUUAAGUUUACAGACACUUUGUCCAACUUAAUUUUAGUUCUGCUUGAUUGAGCUUAUCAAUUUUAAUAAAUUAGUUAAAAUGA